ACAAAUAAAAGAAAGUAAAUCGAACACACAGUAUAGGCAGGCAGCUAUUAUUACAUUACAUUACAUGUUAUUACAUGACAUUACAUUACAUGUCAUUACAUUAUAAUACAUGUUAUUAAAUGACCCUACCUUACAUUCCAUGUCAUUUACAUGUUAUUACAUGCCAUUUACAUGUCAUUACAUGUUACUACAUGACAUGACAUUACUUAUUACAUUACAUGUCAUUACAUGUUAUUACAUGUCAUUACAUCACGUGUCAUUUAUCUGAGGCUUUUAUCCAAAGGGACUUACAACCAUUUCAACAUUUCAACCAUAAGGAAACAAACUCAGAAGAACAAGAAACAAUAAAGUGCAAUUUCAUUAAAAGAGCCGAUUUACAACUUGUUAUAAAUAUAUGAUAAGAGCCAUUUUAAUGAGUGUGUGUGUGCACACCCACACUCACACAGUCGUGCCCCCCCAGCCCCGUGUGUAGCUCCGUGGAUGCCCGGCUGUGAGCGGAUCUAUUCGCUGCUGGUCCUCCGGGGGGCGGAGCAGGGGGCUCUGCCUGCCUCUCUGGCCGCUCAGCAGUGCUCCCCGCUCGGAUCGGCUCUCGUGCGGACCCGGCCGACGCUUGCGGACUAGCCGGAGGCGGACAGCGGGAGAACCGGGCUCUCAACCAUGGCCGCCAAGGAGGACCUGUACAGCAAAGUCAUCCCGCGGAGGCUCCGGCAGAACCGGUUGGGUUCGGUGAAGUCGGGCUCCAACCUGGACGUGCUGCUGUCCAUGGGCUUCCCGAGAGCGAGGGCACUGAAGGCUCUGGUCUCCACAGGAGGUCGCAGCGUGCAGGCAGCGUGUGACUGGCUCUUCUCCCACGUGGACGACCCCUUCCUGGACGACCCUCUGCCCAGAGAGUUCGUGCUCUACCUGCGGCCCAGCGGACCUCUUCAGAACCAGCUCUCUCACUUCUGGCAGCAGAGCCGGAUCACGUGUGGCAAGAACAAAGCCCACAACAUCUUCCCCCACAUCACCCUGUGCCAGUUCUUCAUGUGUGCGGACCCCCAGGUGGAGGCCCUGUGUGAGGCCCUCCAGGCCUCCGUCCAGCAGUGGCGAGGUCGCUUCCCAUCUCCUCUUCCUCUGGAUCUCUACACCUCCGCUAACUUCAUCGGCCUCUUCGUGGAGAAGCAGGCAGCUGACGUCCUCAAGCUUUUUGCAGCCGACUUUGCCACGGAGGCGUCCAGGAAGGCGGAGGUCCACGUGGAGCCUCACAGGAAGCAGCUCCACGUGACUCUGGCCUACAACUUCCCCACCAAUAGCCUGCCGUCUCUGGAGAAACUGGCCAAGGGCAUCGAGGUCAAGCUGGGUUGUGAUUGGCUGGCGGUCCUCUUCUCCCGGGACAUCCGCUUUGCCAACCACGACACCCUGCGGGCCAUGUACCCCUACGCACCGCAGAACGAGGACGAGUUGGAACUGUCUCCCGGCGACUUCGUCUUCGUGUCCCCGGUGGACCAGGGUGGCACCAGCGAGGGAUGGGUCCACGGGACCUCGCUGGCCUCGGGGCUGUCCGGCCUGCUGCCAGAGAACUACGUGGGCCUCGCAGACGAGUCUGACGCUUGGGUUUUUCACGGGUCUGAGACUGUUUUUUUUGGAGGGGGUUCUCUAUCUUUGCGACAGGGGGUGUUUGAGGGGCUGCUGGACGGCCGACUCUCCGACAGGUCGGGAGACACACCCACCCUGAGUGUCAUCUGUCAUCCGAUGCAGCAGGUCCUAAGGAUCGGCGCAGGUCUGUCCCGCCAACCCAAACGGACUCUUUUCGUGUGCCGGCACGGUGAAAGGAUGGACGUGGUCUUCGGCAAACACUGGCUCUCCCUCUGCUCCGACAGCAAAGGUCGCUACGUCCGCUCCAACCUGAACAUGCCGCCCUGUCUUCCGCUGUGGGGGGGGCAGAGGGACUAUGACAUGGACGCCCCCAUCACCGUGUUUGGUUCCACGCAGGCUCGGCUAGUCGGCGAGGCGCUGCUGGAGAGCAACGCGGCCAUCGACCUGGUGUACUGCUCUCCGUCUCUGCGCUGCGUUCAGACCGCGCAGAACAUCCUGAAAGGCCUGCGGCAGGAGGGCAAGCUGAGGGUGCGAGUGGAGCCGGGGCUCUUUGAGUGGACCAAGUGGGUUUCUGGGAGCUCGCUGCCCGCGUGGAUACCGCCCGCCGACCUGGCAGCGGCGCACUUCAGCGUAGACGCAACUUACAGGCCUCUGGUCCCGGUCAGCUCGCUCUUGGCGUCCGAGUCGUACGAGAGCUACCUGAGGCGGAGCCACCAGGUGACCCGAGACAUCCUGUCUGACAGCAGGAACACAGGAAACAAUGUGCUGAUUGUGGCCCACGCCUCCUCCUUAGAGGCGUGCACGCGCCAGCUGCAGGGCCGCGGCCCUCAGAGCGUCAAGGACUUCAUCCAAGUAGUCCGAAAGAUCCCAUACCUGGGCUUCUGCUCCUGCGAAGAGCAGGCAGACACGGGGGUGUGGCAGCUGGUGGACCCCCCCAUCCUGCCCCUCACACACGGACCGAACCACUCCUUCGACUGGAGGGAGACGCUCCUGCAAGAAUGACAUCCGAUGUGCCCCCCCUCGCUGGCUGAAGGGACCAGCCCCCCCCCCCCCCCCCC